AUGAGAAAUCUGACCUGUCUGGGUUUUGUAGUGACCGAAGAUAGGAGGGCUGCCGAGGCGAAGAGGAUGAACGAGUCCUCCAAACGACGCCUGAUGCUCGGCAUCCAGGGCAAGAAGAAAAAGGGCCGGCAGUCGGAAACGGUACCCGUGUCAUCGGAGGGAGUCGACCUUGUGGACCUAACCCUCAACGAGCGUCGUCAUCAAAUGAACGUUGAAUCAGCGCAUGCCGAGGCAACGGCGGCCAGUCCGUCUCCCAGCCGAGGUGUGCCUACCGAGGGUACCUCCUCCAAAGCUGCUGGUAAAAGGCCAUUAACAGUCGAUCAAGAGGCCGAUCCCGCUCCAAAGCGCGGGCGACAGGCCGAGCUUGCUCAGGCCAUCUUCGUUUCUGAGGACGACGAGGUGCCUGCCGAAGCCGUCACUCUGGCCUGUCCUUCGAAAAUAGUCCAGUUUGUGAACUAUAUGAUCCUCGGUUCACAAAUGGAGCUGUCCGAGAUCGAGGACCUGCUAAAGAAGCCCCUUCGGGAGGAGGCUGGCCGUGCCUUCCGUCUUCAAGCUUCGGUAAGCGCUAAGCAUUCUCCGCCUUUCGUACCGUUCGUUCCUACCCUUGUCUUGACAUUUUCCUUUGCUCUUCAGGCUUCAAUGGACAUGUGGCUGUGCGUCAAGCGAGCCAUCAACGCCGCCGAAAAGGCGAAGAAGGCUUAUGAAGACGACAGGGCUAGGGUUGCCGAGGCUGGCAAGGCUAUCCAAGCUCAUUCAAACUUGGCGAAGGACUUGCAGGCUGCCGAACGGUAG